AUGUGCCUGUCGGGGUUGCGAACAGAUGGUCCAGGAGUCAGCGGCUGCAGCGAAAGGAUGACGUCGCUAAGAGGUGCAGUAAGGUAACGAAGGACCUGUGAUUUGUUCACCUGUCACUUUCCCUUUGUUGAGAUGGAUGGCACUCCACGGCGGAGUCAGACAUUGACCGUCUGUCUGGGGUGUAGUUAGCCCUAUAGUUCAUUUUCGGAUUUUCUCGUUCUUCUUUUACACAAUCAGUUGGCAAGGCUAAGCUACAAAUAGGCCUAAUUAUUACAAUUAAUACAAACAACAAUGGGGUCAUUAGGUUAAUAGUAAUUACAGUUAUAUAACAAAACAAAGGAAAAACAAACAAUGAUUUUCUGUAACAUUUCUGAGAUGGACUAAAGAUUAGCCUACUUAAUAUCACACACGCCGCGGGCACGCAUAUCAACACACAUACACACACACACACACACACACACACACCGCACUGUGCCAACUGCCAUAGUGCGUUCAAAUUCACCGUCCAAUGUGAUAAACUCAGAAAGCGUAACAACGUUCAGUUAUAUAUAGCCUAAUCCUAGUAUUCUGGUUUCAAAUUCAAUCAAUAGGAUUGUAAACAGUAUGCUAUUUGUUUCAGCGAAAUAUAAUUGUUUGUGUAUGAGCUACGUCUAUUUCCAGACUAGGUAGAUCCCUCACAUGGCCCUAGUAUAGUUUGUAAAUGACACAAAUGGGAGUGUGUUUGAAUUCCAGCAUCUAUAAGUUACUAAUAUUUCUUAGAUUUUAGUUCAGUUUUAGUUUAGUUUAUUGCAUGGUGUGAAUUGCAGUGUACAGUCCGUACCUAAACAAAUCAUUAAAUAAAGAAAUAAGGUUUCUACUGUAAUGUGGAUACCAUGGUGCAUGUGUUCUGACAUCACACAAUUUCCAAUAACUGGAGACAUUACCAUAACUUUUUACGUGCAAAAUAAAAAAUUUAAAUAUGUUAUGAAUGUUUGCAAAUGUUUAUGCAUUGUUAUGUAAACACUACUUGUCCUAAGAUUAAAUUACAUGAAAAGUAUUCUGAAAAUGGUCAAAAUAUAACAAUAAUCCUUUUGGCUUUUAUAGAAAUGAUUAAAACGUCCUAAUCAUUUCAGUGACAUCCAAGACCAUAAGGAAAACAUAACGCUGAACAACACAAAUAGAUAUAACGGUCUUCAUUUAGGCUUUUACAUUUCAAACUCGAGCUACAUUGUAAUAAGGAUAAUUUUGGUGACGUUUGCAAACCAAUGAACGAGUGAAAUAGCUGCGUGACGUACGAGUCCCCGUAGAAAAGGCGCGGAGUGUAGCUAUAGGUACGGAGAAGGUGGGAAGCGAAACGAGGCUGUGAGGCCGGUGCGGAGAGUCUUGACAAGGGAUUUGUACUCAUCGAACCAAUAGUCUACUCCUCCUCCUAAAGUGCACACACACACAGUGAUCGCUUUGCGGAAGAGCUGGAUACCUGUAAGAAAACAACGUCUGUUUUGUAAUAACCAGUGCUGGACACGAACAAUUGUGCGUUUUUACGCAUUCCUUCCUCGCGUUUGUUAUUCUGUUAUAUUCGAUCGAUAGUCGUCGGUUUUGAAAUGUUUUGCACCAGCAUCCACAAGCAGUAUUGAAAUUCGCUGUUGUGAACUCAAGAGUGGAGGCCAGGAUACCCACCACUACAAUUCUGCCGUGUUUUUAGUUUUUUUUUCUUUCUGUAUUGUCUCCUGGAAUAAUUUUUGCCUUCUCCAUUUUUGUCGUAAUGCAAGUUGAACGUUUGCAAUAGUCCUUGAUCACUUUAAUCCGAUGACAGACUGAAAUUGGUGCAUUUUUGUGCAUCUUGAAAUCUGCAAAUUGAUCGCGAUUACUGGAUCCAGAAUUUACAUUGUGGUUUGCUGGUAUGUUUUUAUAACACUUCUGAGCUAUUGUUUGUAAGUAGUAGGCUAUUUUGUAUGAUUUUCAUAACGUGUUCAAAGAUGGUGUAAACUAUAGCCUAUAUAGAAAACUGAAUAUUUACUAUAAUAAUGCCUGCAAUUAUAAAUCACAGUGUUGGAAAAGAAAAUGUUUUCCCAAUAUCUUUAUAUUUUUUCGUAGUCUACCAUCUUUCAAUAGAUGGGAGCCAUUCACCUUAAAUGCAUGGGCUAAAUUUGCGUCUCAUGAAAGUUUUGGCUUGCAGAUCUGAGGGAGACGCUUGCAAGUGUAGCCCUCCCGCCUCCACGAUGCUCUUCCACGGGCUCCCCGGAGGCGAGAUGCAGGGGGUCAUCGACGAGAUGGACCGGAGGGUGAAGGGCGAAUCUACCGCCAUCAGUUCGGCUAUAGACAUGGGGGAAACUGAGCCGGUGGGUGAAUGCUUUUUUAAAGAAGGACCUGUGCUGUUCAGGCAUGUGAAAGCACAAAUAACGCUUUCAUUUCGAGGGAAUAUAUGCUUAGAAAGUAAACUGUGAUUAAAAUAUAAUUAUUUAUAAGAUAGCAAGUAGCACUUAGCCGUUAGCCGUUCAUAUUUGCAAACCGUGUGUGCGUAAAGUGUUAGUAUUUCGUAUGCCUCUGAAAAAACAUGUUAGCCUACAAUAACUUUAUCAUUUGAUUCACGAAGUUUCCUUCCAGAUGCAUGUACAUAGGCCCACCUAGAAUUAUGGUAAAAACGUUUACACUAAACAUGGUCCUAUGUCUUCCCAUUUUAAGGCCAUGCAUGUUCAUUCACAAUCCAAUCAUUAAUUCAAACGGAUAAUAAUCUUGAGCACUUUGAUAGCCUAUUUAGGUAGGUACUGUAUGUUAUCUACGCCUAUAGCUAGCAGGAUAGGUAAGCAUUGUUGUAAGAAUUGUCCAAAAUAUCCCAUAUAAAAUAAGGUUAUCUUGCAGAAGCAUUCAAUUGCUUUAAAUACAAUUAUAAUGCUUGAUCUUUGAUUCUUUUUUUAUUCGUUUAUUAGGCCCAAUCGAAUACUUUUUGCAAUAGGUCAACACGAUUCGUUAAUUUGUGAUAAUAUUGAGCGUUUCAUGUGAAAAAAAUGCGCUUGAAAAAAAUAUUGAUAAGGAUGCGUAAUUACAUAUAUAUAUUAGAUUUUUUUUUUCAUUUGUCAAAUUUUCCGGCCUAGGCCUACGUGUUAGGCCUACAUUUUAGGCAUACGUGUUAGGCCUACGUGUUACAUCAUCCCACAUUUAGGGUAUAUCUAGUGUUACCAUUUAUCUGUUGCUUUCAUGGCUGUAUCCCUAAAAAGUAUAUGAACAAAUAUGAAAUAUGUGUGCGUAAAAUGUUCACUAUUAUACGGUAUUGGCCUUGACAUCCCUUGGUGAUAUACUAUCAAACAUGUGUUCUUAUUGUAAACAUAAAACUGAUUUCCCUUUCCCUGUUCAGAGUAUGACGUCCAUCAACAGCGACCGUGUGGCCUUGUGCGCUGGAUGCGGGGGAAAGAUAUCUGACCGCUACUACUUGCUCGCGGUGGACAAACAGUGGCACAUGCGCUGUCUCAAGUGCUGCGAGUGCAAACUCAACCUCGAGUCCGAGCUUACCUGUUUUAGUAAAGACGGCAGCAUCUAUUGCAAAGAAGAUUACUACAGGUAACCAAGAUACAACGCUACAGCUAUAACAACAACAACAACAACUGGCCAAGCAAGCAUGAAAACAAGAGCGAUAUCCAAUUACGCCUACAACUAGCAUGCUACUUAGGCGACUUAUUACAAACACUUCUAGGCACCAGCUUCUGCUACUCUAAUGACAAGCCUGUAACCCCUUUCAGAGAGUCAGUGAUGGUAUAGGCUAAUGUUCCCAAAGCAUGGUAGCUUGUUAUCCAUUCAUUAUUUACAACAUUUUACAUUUUAGUCAUUUAGAAGACGCUCUUAUCCAGAGCGACUUACAGUUAGUGAGUGCAUACAUUUUUCAUACAAAUUACAACAAAUUAGCCUAUACUAUUCCAUGAUUCUGACAGGCCUGUGCUUGCUUUGGAUGCUUUACUAGUCUAAACCAAAACAUCAUAUUUUGAAGUGGCAAAAGGACAAGAAUACACAAACAAAUAUGAAGGCCUGAAGGCAUGAAACCUUUUACGCAUGAUAAUUCAUAUGCCUGUAUUGCUUAAUAACAACUUUACAUCAGUGUUCUCCAUCAUAAUGUCCACAAACUAAAGUUUGCUGACCAUGUUGUGAAUCUAAAUUCUGUACGUGUUUGUGUCAUCCGCUCUCUUCUCCCAAGCAGGAGGUUUUCCGUCCAGAGGUGCGCCCGGUGCCAUCUCGGGAUAUCGGCGUCGGAGAUGGUCAUGCGGGCGAGGGACUUGGUCUACCACUUGAACUGUUUCACCUGUACUAGCUGUAACAAAAUGCUCACGACUGGAGACCACUUCGGAAUGCGGGACAGUCUUGUGUACUGCCGGCUCCACUUUGAGACACUCAUACAAGGGGAAUAUCAAGCGCAUUUCAAUCACGCGGGGAAUGUAGCCUCGGGCAAAGGACUUGGCGAGAGCGGCACGGGCAACUCGCUGGGGAUGCCGUAUUACAACGGCGUCGGUACGGGACAGAAAGGAAGGCCGAGGAAAAGGAAAAGUCCCGGGCCUGGAGCAGAUCUGGCGGCUUACAACGCAGGUAGGACGACUUUGCAUAUACCGGUUAGCUAUUAAUGGUUUUAUGGUCAUCUACAAAAGUGCCACGAAGAAGUAACACACAGUUGUAAUGCGGUUGACUAAUGUUGAAAUGAAAGAAAAAAGGCCUAUUCUAUUUCAUAGUGUGUGUGAUAUCUCUAUUGGAAUGAAAGACAAUUAAGAGCUAAAGAGUGGACUGAUGGACUCAUUUGAAAUAUUUUAGUUUGAUGGAAAUACACUCUUCUAAAAAAGAUCUGUCGCUUAUUUCGAUGGACUGGGUUACCUACUUACAGUGAGAAUGAUCAUAUUUAGUCUGUUUUGGGAAAUACAAAUGGCUAUACAAACUUUGAAACGUUGGAAAACAAUGAGAAGUUAAUCAGUAGGCCUAUGCAUAAACUAAAUGGUUCCAUCUAAUUUUACGUAAUAUUGCACAAUGUUGUGCUUUGGAUGUUUUUACGCACAGACUAAGCAUGCCGUAUUUUUAAUCUGAUGGAUAUCUAUGUUGAUUUAGUGAAUAACUCACCUUUAUUAGACAACAUUAUUCUAAGAAGAUGUAUUGUUUGGGAAAAAUGAGACGUUCAAUGGAGGCCUCUGUUGAUUUGUGGAAUGGGAGCGGGCUUGGACCUACUGAUGCAUGCGUCCACUUCCAAUCUAAUAGAUUAAGAUAAACUAUCUAUAAUAAAGAAACAAAUGCGAAAUGAACACGCAUAAACCACUAACUAAACGACAUGAAUGCAUUCAAAGAGAAACAGCUUCUGAAGGCCUACUCAAUUCUGCAUGUCCUACGCUAAUACUCUGUAUGUUCCAUUUCAACAUGCUACAGAGUGACGUGUGAAUAAUGAAAUAAUCUCUUGAAACACUCCAUUGAAUAUGAUUUAAAAUGUUAUACUUAUUUCCAUUGAACAUUUUCUCAUGCACAGUCAAUUUAGUCUUCUAAAACCUAUCUCAAAACUUGGAACUUGGCUCGUUAAAAAAAGAGAGUGGUUCGAUGUGAAAGAUUUUUAGACGACAAUAGAAGCAGACAAGUGGAAAAUAGCUCAGAUGGGGAGUAGGACUUCAAAAAAGAUGAGAGAGAGAGUAAGAGAGAGAUGACCAAAUUCCCAGCCCCACUUUCACUUGUUGAGUCUCGCAGUUUGUUGGGUUUUUGGGUCGGUAAAUCAAUGUCGGAUUGCUUGUAGAAGAUGGGAGCACCUGUGUAGAAUCCUGAUGAAAACUUCCCCAGUGAGGCUGGAGAGCAAGUCUCCCACAUCCAGUUAUAUGUUAUCCCUUCAUAAAUAAAGAACCGACUUGCGCACCACCUAGUAGCUCUUGAUGUGUAAUACUUUUGUGGGAAAAAACACACGACUGACAUUUUGAAAAGCGAUACUUGUUAUACAGUAUGCCUACUUAUCAUUCAUAUACUUAGUUACAUGAGUAGGAUCAGGCCUAAUAAGGAUAGGCCUAGAUAUACUGUAUAUCAGUGGAGGCUGCUGAGGGGGAGGACGGCUCAUAAUAAUGGCCGGAACGGAGCGAAUGGAAUGGAAUGACACCAUUAUUACACCUACUCCGCUCCAGCCAUUACCACGAGCCCGUCCUCCCCAAUGAACGUUCCACCAACCUCCUGUGCUGCAUAUCUGUUUUUUGAGAAUAGGUUGUAUUGAUAUACAAUCUACAUUUGUGUAGCUCAAUAUUGCGGUGGCAUAAGGUGAUUUGAAUAAGAAAGGCGAAUAGUCGAAAGCUGUAGUAAGCACUUGAGUUAAACAUGAACGGCGCUAAUAGUUACAAGAUUAGAUCAAUUCUCUGGCAUUCUGCUUUGGGAAAAGAGAUUUUGGAUUUGCUUUCCAUAACAUUUUGAAAUGUACAGUUCUGAGUGUGCUUCACUAACCAUGAACAUGAAAAUGUAAUUACAUAAUAUUUAUACAUUAUUUUAAAGGCCUAUUUUAUAAACAAAUAUAUUUUUUUAGUCAGGAUUGUGGUGUACAAUUGAUAUAUAAAUGGGUAGUAUUAUUUGCACAAUUUCCCUCCAAAUCUGAUAUAUAAAUACAUAAAUAAAUCAACUUAUAUAGGCCUAGACCUAUCUUUCUUUUCUCUGACCCACUUCUCUGACCCUAAAUCUCAAAUCUAAUGAAAUUCUAGCAUGCAGUGUUAUACAAUAUCAAAUAAGGCAUUUAUUUCUAUUUUCUUUCUAUUUUCUUUCUUUCUUUCUUUCUUUCUUUCUUUCUUUCUUUAUUUCUUUCUUUCUUUCUUUCUUUCUUUCUUUCUUUCUUUCUUUCUUUCUUUCUUUCUUUCUUUCUUUCUUUCUUUCUUUCUUUCUUUCUUUCUUUCUUUCUGUUUUAGAAUGUUGCUGCCACCUGAGGGUGUUUGUUGAAAUUUCUUUCAUCAUCAUUUUGAGGUCCAGAUUCUAUCAAACCCUGACUUCACUUCACUGCAUAACAUUGUUCCUUCACUGUGAAAAAUAAGUCUAUUAAACCCUGACUUCACUUCACUGCAUAACAUUGUCCCUUCACAGUGAAAAAUAAGUAUAUCAAACCCUGACUGCACUGCAUAACAUUGUCCCUUCACUGUGAAAAAUAAGUAUAUCAAUCUCUGACUGCACUGCAUAACAUUGUCCCUUCACUGUGAAAAAUAAGUCUAUUAAACCCUGACUUCACUUCACUGCAUAACACUGUUCCUUCACAGUGAAAAAUAAGUAUAUCAAACCCUGACUGCACUGCAUAACAUUGUCCCUUCACUGUGAAAAAUAAGUAUAUCAAACUCUGACUGCACUGCAUAACAUUGUCCCUUCACUGUGAAAAAUAAGUAUAUCAAACCCUGACUGCACUGCAUAACAUUGUCCCUUCACUGUGAAAAAUAAGUAUAUCAAACCCUGACUGCACUGCAUAACAUUGUCCCUUCACUGUGAAAAAUAAGUAUAUCAAACCCUGACUGCACUGCAUAACAUUGUCCCUUCACUGUGAAAAAUAAGUAUAUCAAACUCUGACUGCACUGCAUAACAUUGUCCCUUCACUGUGAAAAAUAAGUAUAUCAAACCCUGACUGCACUGCAUAACAUUGUCCCUUCACUGUGAAAAAUAAGUAUAUCAAACCCUGACUGCACUGCAUAACAUUGUCCCUUCACUGUGAAAAAUAAGUAUAUCAAACCCUGACUGCACUGCAUAACAUUGUCCCUUCACUGUGAAAAAUAAGUAUAUCAAACCCUGACUGCACUGCAUAACACUGACCUUUCACUGUGAAAAUGUAUGCCAUAUUUAUUUUCUGCAGUGUGGUGAAUUCCAGCAGCCAAAACUCUGUGUUAAGCCUGAAGGUGUUCUUUUGGCAAAAGUCCUUAAUAUGCACUAGGCAUUUCCCAUUGUAUUACCUCUUGACUCUUUUGGCAAAUGGAUUUGUUGUCUCAGUUUUUUAAGGAAUGAUCAGUAACACUUUACAGUGAUUUUUCCAGUAAAUACAACAACUAUUGUAUUGUUACACUGUACUUACAGAAGCAAAAAGGAAACAUGUUGUAACCUCAGUCUAAUAAUGAGCAAUUGCAAUACUUUUUUACACUGUACUACUUACACAGUGAUGAGAACACUAAAGAUAUUUGUUGCUACCCAGUCAAUCUCGUGCGUUUUUCAUGUCAACCCCACAUAUUAUUUAUUUAUUUAUUUAUAUUAUUUAUUUCAUUUUCUCUCAGAGUUGUGGGUAUUAAGGAGUAAUGAGCUUUCCUGUCAACAAAUAAGACACACAGUCUGUCUGCCAUAGCAUUCACAAAAACAACAGCAACAACAACAACAACAACACAUUGAAAAACUCUGAUUAUAUAAUCCCAAUGAUGACAUGAUAAGAACAGUAAAUGUAAUCUCAGUAAACGGAGAAGUAAAAUCUCGCGUAAUUUGGUCAGCUGCGUGAUACAUUACUGUAUCUAUACUUGAUAGAAAUUUAGAGUUCCGGCGGAUUGCGAAGUUUCGACCCUCGCAAAAAGAAACGCUCAGCCCACUAAAUCUCGGCAGAUUCUCCGGUCUACACGCAGAAUCUGCCCACGGGAGAUUACAAUAAAUUAAAUUCCAUGAAAAUGGUCAACAAAGUAUCGUACAUAUCUUAUUGUAUGGUAUGGUAUCAUAAUGUAUUGUAUCAUAUCGUAACCAUGAACUAAAGUGUGUGUGUUGUCCUGCCCCCUCCAGCGUUAAGUUGUAACGAGAAUGACGGGGACCACCUGGACCGAGACUCCCACUACUCCUCCAGCUCCAAGUCCAAGCGUAUGCGCACCUCCUUCAAACACCACCAGCUGAGGACCAUGAAAUCCUACUUUGCCAUCAACCACAAUCCGGACGCCAAGGACCUGAAACAGUUGGCCCAGAAGACAGGUCUCACCAAACGGGUGCUGCAGGUGAGAAAGAGGAUUCCUUUUAUAAAGGAUAAUUAUUUACACACAUGUAUGUUAUUGUAUAUAGUCCACUGCUGGGCCCAUAUUGAAAAAGUCUCUCAGAGUAUGAGUACUGAUCUAGGAUCAGUUUUACAUUUUAGAUCAUAACAAUAAUAAAGAUGCUAGGGACAGGGGGACCAGAUCCUAGAGCAGCACUUCUACUCUGAGACGAAUACCGGCCUUGAUGCUCAUUGGAUAAGUGCAAACUACAUUGCAUUUCACCAGUCACAAAUACUGUACAUCAUACUUAUUUGUUCUGGAUAUCUGCAUGCUUCGGUUUAGUGCACCACAGUCCCAACAUGUACAUACAGUAUCUCUGAGCCCAAGCUACUUCAUUUCUCAGAUCAUUUUAUCCAAACGGAGUUCACCAUGGUAUUCAAUAUACUGUAUGAGGCUGUGGCCUGUGCAGGAAUCCACAAAGGGCUGUAUUUGGACAUGCUCAGUUUAGCAGUGAGAUAGUGCAUCACUUUAUCCUUGUGAUAAUGCGUUAACAAGGCUAGCUGUGUGGUUGCAUUGAUCUGGUAAUGCUGUAAUGUUUACCUCUGUGGUAAUGUAGUAUUUAGGAGUAUGAUAAUGUAUUAACUGUGAGAUGUCAUGAUAACGCUAUUAUGCUACUGUAAAUUGAUUGUUUAGUGGUGUUCAGUGGUAAGGUAAGGUACUAUCUGUGCUGUGAUAAUGUGGCAAUGAAACACAUGAUAAUGUUGAUAACAACCUGGGCCUAAUUUGAUGGUAAAAAUACUUUAAAGUACUACUUAAGUAGUUUUGUGGGGUAUUUGUACUUUACUAUUUAGAUUUUGGACAACUUUUACUUUUUCUCCACUACAUUCCUAAUGAAAAUAUGUACUUUUUACUCCAUACAUUUUCCCUGACACCCAAAAUUACUUGUUACAUUUCGAAUGCUCAGGCAGGACAGCAAUAUGGUCCAAUUCACGCACCUAUCAAUAUAACGCGUUGUCAUCCCUACUGCAUCUGAUCUGGCGGACUCACUAAACACAAAUACUGUGUUUGUAAGUGAUGUCUGAGCAAUGGUGUGCCCCUAGCUGUCCGUAAAUAAAUAGAAAAAAGACAAAAUUGUGCCGUCUGGUUUGCUUAAUAUAAGGAAUUUGAUGUAAAGCGUUUACUUAACUUUUUACUUUUACUCAAGUAUGACAGUUGAGUACUUUUUCCACCACUGUACUUAAGCACAUUUAAAACCAGAUACUUUUAGACAAGUAGUAUUUUACCGGGUGACUUUUGCUUUUACUUUAGUCAUUUUCUAUUAAGGUAUCUUUACUUUUACUAAAGUAUGACAAUUUAGUACUUUUUCCACCACUGUAUUGCGUACUAGUUUUACAUGUAGUAGUAGUAAAUAUUGACAUAACAUAAUAUUAUAAAUUGCGCUCCCUGUAUCUGUACUGUGGUGAUAAUGAAAAUAACAAUGGUGUAAAAUGCAAGACAAAUCUAGCAGGGAAGUUUUUGAUUUAUGUAAUCGCUUAAGUAAUACGAUUAUCCCAAUGGCCAACCUAUUUCCAUCCCAUUCAACAUAAUCUGCACAAUUACACAAGAGUAAAAACAUUUAGUCCUCACACAAUCAGUAGAGAUAUCUCUUGGUAUAAGUCAUAGCCUAUCAAGAGAGGAUCUAAAGCUUUUUUAAAUGUAUUUUUUUAUGUGAGAAAAAAGUGUCAGCGAGUUAUCAUACCAGCUGUUUAGCAUUCGAUAGGGGAAUUCAAAAACACACAACGGACCAUUUGCACAAGUAUAAACAACUGCAAAUGAGAAAAAACAGACAUGCUGUAAAACACGGAUCUAAUGAACAAAACGAGGACAACAAAGCCAACGUUUGGCUUUGAUGAAUUUCAUUUUUCAUGUUUGUCGUUUUGAUUUGAAACAGUCUCCCCCCCCCCCCCUCUUUCUCUAACCCCCCCCCCCCCCCCCCCCCCGCAGCCCAGGCUUUUGUUUACCACACUAACACUUUUCUAAUGAGCAAUCAUUUAAAUAUUUUUUUGGUUCUUUGAAGGUUUGGUUCCAAAACGCCCGGGCCAAGUUUAGACGGAACCUCCUACGUCAGGAGAGCACAGGGAUGGACAAGGUGUCGGAUGGGUCCACUCUACCAGGGGGGUCGCCUUCGGGCCCUCACUCCGAGCUCUCCAACGCCUCAAUGAGUCCUUCCAGCACCCACACCGCCCUCACGGACCUGACCAGCCCCUCUAUUCCGUCGGUUAACCAUGUACUGACCGCCGUGCCGGGGGGCAUGGACCCACACGACUCCAUGAGUAUGAGUCCUUCCCAGACCACCCUUACCAGCCUCUUCUGAUAUCACCCACCCCCACCCCACCCCAUCCCAGAC